CUAGGCAGAUGAAUAUUUUACCGUCUACCAUAAUGAGGAGAAGAGAUGUCGCCUUCUGUCUCCUGCUUUUGCCAGCUUUUCUGACUCAAGUGGAUGGACAAAGAAAGAAAGGACCAAAGCCAACCACACUUGCAAGGAAAAAUGACUUCCAGGAUGCCAUUUGCUUCAUAGAUGUUGUCUUUAUCCUGGACAGCUCUGAAAGUUCUAAAAUUGCACUCUUUGAUAAUCAGAAAGCCUUUGUGGACAGCUUGAGUGAGAAGCUUUUCCAGUUGACUCCUGGUCGUUCAUUAAAAUACAGCAUCAAGCUGGCAGCCCUUCAGUUUAGCAGCUCGGUCCAGAUUGAUCCACCCUUGUCUUCUUGGAAGGAUCUCCGGACAUUUAAGCAGCGGGUCAAGUCUUUGAAUUUAAUUGGGCAAGGCACCUUUUCUUAUUAUGCCAUCUCCAAUGCCACAAGGCUACUGAAAAGAGAAGGGCGUAAAGAUGGCGUGAAAGUGGCCUUGCUGAUGACUGAUGGCAUCGAUCAUCCCAAGAGUCCAGAUGUCCAAAGUAUUUCUGAAGAUGCUAGAACUUCAGGAAUAUCAUUUAUCACUGUUGGACUUUCCUCUGUGGUCAAUGAAGCCAAACUUCGUUUGAUAUCUGGGGAUUCUUCCAAUGAACCUGUUCUACUAUUGAGUGAUUCAACACUUGUAGACAAAAUUGGAGAACGCCUGGAUGUCUUAUUUGAAAGGAAGUGUGAACACAGGAUCUGUGAAUGUGAGAAAGGAGAUCCAGGUGACCCAGGGCCUCCUGGUACCCAUGGAAACCCCGGUACCAAAGGUGAGCGAGGACCAAAAGGAAAUCCGGGUGAUGCUCAGAAAGGAGAAACUGGAGAAAGAGGUCCUGUGGGAAUCCCUGGGUACAAGGGUGACAAGGGUGAACGAGGAGAAUGUGGGAAACCAGGAAUGAAAGGUGACAAAGGACCUGCAGGGCCAUAUGGACCAAAGGGACCAAGAGGAAUUCAGGGCAUUGGUGGACCUCCAGGGGAUCCAGGCCCAAAGGGAUUUCAAGGAAAUAAGGGUGAGCCAGGUCCUCCUGGUCCUUAUGGUCCCCCAGGAGCCCCUGGUAUUGGACAGCAAGGUGUUAAGGGUGAAAGGGGCCAGGAAGGAAGAACAGGAGCCCCAGGACCUAUCGGAAUUGGUGAACCCGGACAGCCAGGUCCCCGUGGUCCUGAGGGAGCACCAGGAGAGAGGGGCCUACCAGGAGAAGGAUUUCCAGGACCAAAGGGCGAAAAGGGUUCUGAAGGACCAAUUGGCCCACAAGGAUUACAGGGCCUGUCAAUCAAAGGGGAUAAGGGGGAUCUGGGACCUGUGGGACCCCAGGGUCCAGCAGGUAUUCCUGGCAUCGGAAGUCAAGGCGAGCAGGGAAUCCAAGGUCCAACCGGUCUACCUGGUCCACAAGGACCCCCAGGACAAGGCUCACCUGGUCCUAAGGGAGAAGUAGGCCAGAUGGGACCCACAGGGCCUAGAGGACCAAUGGGAAUUGGAGUACAGGGUCCAAAGGGGGAGCCAGGCACAGUGGGGCUCCCAGGACAGCCAGGAGUCCCAGGGGAAGAUGGAGCCUCUGGAAAGAAGGGUGAAGCUGGACUUCCAGGAACAAGAGGGCCAGAAGGAAUGCCUGGGAAAGGACAGCCUGGCCCCAAGGGUGAUGAAGGAAAGAAAGGGAGCAAAGGAAACCAAGGACAGAGGGGGUUUCCAGGACCCGAAGGGCCGAAGGGAGAACCGGGCAUUAUGGGCCCCUUUGGAAUGCCUGGAGCAUCAAUUCCUGGACCAUCUGGACCAAAGGGAGACCGAGGAGGACCUGGAAUGCCCGGUCUGAAAGGAGAACCUGGACUUUCUGUUCGAGGACCAAAGGGUGCCCAGGGUCCCCGUGGACCAGUGGGUGCUCCAGGACUCAAGGGUGAUGGCUAUCCUGGUGUGGCAGGACCUCGAGGAUUGCCAGGACCCCCUGGACCAAUGGGCUUACGUGGUGUGGGAGACACUGGAGCAAAGGGAGAACCAGGGGUCAGAGGCCCUCCAGGUCCCUCUGGGCCUCGGGGCAUAGGAACCCAAGGACCAAAGGGUGAUACUGGGCAAAAGGGCCUGCCAGGCCCUCCUGGGCCCCCUGGCUAUGGAUCACAAGGAAUUAAAGGGGAACAAGGACCUCAAGGUUUCCCAGGGACAAAGGGCGCAGUGGGCCUUGGCCUGCCUGGUCAGAAGGGAGAGCAUGGAGAACGGGGCGAUGUGGGGAGGAAAGGUGAAAAAGGAGAAAUCGGAGAGCCUGGAUCACCAGGGAAACAGGGGUUACAAGGACCAAAAGGAGACCUGGGACUUACAAAAGAAGAAAUUAUCAAACUUAUCAUUGAAAUAUGUGGUUGUGGGCCCAAAUGCAAAGAGACUCCACUGGAGUUGGUGUUUGUGAUAGACAGUUCAGAAAGUGUGGGGCCAGAGAACUUUCAGAUCAUCCAAAAUUUUGUGAAGACUCUGGCUGACCGGGUAGCCUUGGACCUUGGCACAGCCCGGAUAGGCAUAAUCAAUUAUAGCCACAAGGUAGAGAAGGUGGCUAGCCUGAAGCAGUUCUCCAGCAAGGACGACUUCAAGCUGGUGGUAGACAAUAUGCAGUAUCUGGGGGAAGGCACCUAUACAGCUAGUGCUCUUCAAGAAGCCAACGACAUGUUCAAAGAGGCACGGCCAGGUGUAAAGAAGGUGGCCCUGGUGAUCACCGACGGACAGACAGAUUCUCGAGAUAAAAAGAAGCUGGCAGAUGUGGUGAAAGAUGCCAAUGACUCCAACGUGGAGAUAUUUGUGAUUGGGGUGGUGAAGAAGGAUGACCCCAACUUUAAAAUUUUUCACAAAGAAAUGAAUCUCAUUGCUACCGACGCAGAACAUGUGUAUCAGUUUGAUGACUUCUUUACCCUGCAAGAUACUCUGAAACAAAAAUUAUCUAAAAAAAUUUGUGAAGAUUUUGAUUCCUAUCUCAUUCAAGUUUUUGGCUCGUCAUCUUUUCAACCUGAAUUUGGGGUGUCAGAACGAGAGGUCAGUGUAUCCACUCCGAAGCCUGCAAACAAAAUUUCUAAGUUGUUUAAUGUCUCUAGAGGCCAAAAUGAAGAGACUGAACCUUCUGUGUUGACUGAGGCUGAUACCUUGGCUGUCCCAACCCCACCUGAGGCCACCAAUACACCUGAGCCAUUGCUCAUAACCCCUACCCGUGUUUUCUCCCUAGAUCCAAGAUGUGAGGAAGCCCUGAAGCCCGGAAACUGCGGCGACUAUGUGGUUCGCUGGUAUUACGACAAACAGGUCAACUCUUGUGCUCGCUUUUGGUUCAGUGGCUGCAAUGGCUCGGGAAACAGAUUCCACAGUGAAAAGGAAUGUCGGGAAACCUGCAUUAAACAAUGAACAAGCACACUAACGGGCUUCAAUCAGAGGUUUAGAAAGAGCCCGAUACAAACAGUGCACCGCAUCUGGGCGUACACUAAGUAGUGAUCGUUCAUAAAUGUCAUAGAGUCCUCACAACGACCACCUAGGGACACAGUCUUAUUAACUG